UCUGUUCCAAAGUAUCUGUGACAAGUAUUUCGUGUCAUCCCAAUUGGACAGUAUUUUGAAUGUGAUGUUCGUUAGAUAGUGUGCACAGUAUUGUGAUUGCUUGCUUGUUGCUAGCUGAACUAUUAUUUCUUAUUACUUUAAUCCUUUUAAUAUUGAACUAUUAGUAUAUUAUUAAGAAUUUGCAUCGCAGCCAAGUCACAUUAUGGCAGACGAUUCUGCUUUUGUAUUCAAUGUCCCAACCAACGUGAGCUUUACCAAUGACUCGGAUGACUUCAAUGAGAAUGUAGACCAGUAUUUCAGCAUAAAUAAUGAGAAUAACCCUCCAAAUGUUCAGCCAGAUGUAAGGUAUUCGUCGAGGCUCGACGAAAAGUCAAUGUAUUUUUCACCAAACCUCAUGUAUGAUUUUGGCGAAUGCGAAACUGUAGAAAUGCGUAGAUCGAUGAGUGUUGGAAAUCUCAUAAUGUUCUCUGAAACUGAAGAUAGAGGAGAAGAAGAAACUAGCACUGUGGAAAGGGUCAGAGAGGAUAUUAAUAACCUACACAUGGAGCAAGGUAAUUCGACUGAUCAACAAAGUCACUACACGAAAGGCAGUGCCACGCUCCCAAGACACGGUUUGAGCAAUUUGCAACGUCCUGCUGACAACAAACGAUACCAAUCUGCUGAGAAACUGGCGAAGUCAGACUCUGAUAAAUAUGUUUCCUUUGCCGAAGCUGUUCACCAGUUCCAAACUCGCACGCCCGUCCGAUUCCGAAGUAAACCCAACGGUUCCGUUGAAUCGGAUCUUCACAACAUCGGUUCAUUGCAACUGACAUACGCGCAAAGUCCAUAUCUGCAAACGAAGGCCCGUAGUCGACCAACUGGAAAUAUACAGUCGACCAUGGAAAGAGAGUUAACUGAGUUUGAGAAUAUUCGCAAGUUUAAGAUAAAAGCCCGCCCUGUCAACAAGAAAAUCCUGCAAGGCCCAAUUAAGCCCCAACUUCCAGUUGAAAAGCGACCACAUACCGUGCUCCAGCCUUUCAACAUUACUCAAGUGCCGGCCAAAAAGGUAGUGCCAUCGUCACCAACGUUCAUAUUCCAUGCCCGCCCAGCGCCAAAACCGAAAACUCCACAGGACGCUCCUCAACCUCGGCCGGCCAUCGUCCAGUCUUUGAAAAAUUGCAACUCUAUGCAGCGUCAUUCCUCGGUCAAAAGCCUACAACAGAAACCAUUGGAAAAAACCGUGCCCAUGCCCUUCAGCUUUGAGCGAAGGGACAAACUGGUGCAGACAAAAAGGGACCAAUACAUUCAAAAAAUUUUAGACGAAGAGAAGAGGGCUCGAGAGUUUUAUGCAAAACCUGUGCCCAAGGCGAUCUACAAGAAAUCGGAUGGUUUAAGGCGUAACUCUGCAAGCAGUACAGACUCUUGCAAACCCUGCGACCAGUCAAGCACGGAAACGCGCUGCAGCGAAUUCCGAGCAAGACCAGCCACUGUACUGCGGAAGGAACCAUUUGUUCCGCUGCCAGCCGGAAAGCCCCCAACUGAGCCCGUACCUUUCCACUUAGAAAGCGAGCAGCGUCGCCAGGAGCGAGAGCGGUUUGAAAUGCAAAAACGGCUCAAGGAGGAACAUAUAGCCAGACUGAGGAGAAAGCAAGAGGAAAAAGAGCUGCUAAUGCAGCAGGAAGAAGCGUUAAGAUUGCGAAAGGAAACUGAGUACAAGGCGCAGCCUAUCAAGUCGUUUAAGCCGCUGGUGAUUAAACCGUCUGGCAAGGUAACUGUGCCAGUGUCACCUAAAACCCAUAAAAGGCACCUGGAUUGAUCCUGCAACCAAAUUUUUUAUAUUUAUGCGAGUGUAAGUGUACUGAAUGUGAAACCGAUUGCAAAGCUUAUUUGACAGAUUCAUGCAAGUGGAGAAGAGUUACAUUUUUGCACUCGGGACUGCUGACCAAAACCGACAAAUAUGUUUUAAUCAAUAUCAUUUUCAACGAUAAGUAUACGUGGCUUGCAUAAAAUUGCAUUUAAUGAACUAAUUAUAUGUUAUUGCGAACAA